UCCGCCUUUCGGCGCUUCCGGACCGGCGGCUCCGCGUGCGGCGCGUUCGGCUGCCCCCGCCCCUGUCGGUGCCGCCCCGCCCCCGCUGUCGCCAUCAUGUCGCGAUUCUUCACCACCGGCUCCGACUCCGAGUCCGAGUCGUCGGCGUCGGGAGACGAAGCCGCCCCCAAAGCGCCGGGAGGGCCCUACAGCAAGCCGCUGCUGCUGAGCGAGGACGAGGAGGACACGAAGCGCGUGGUGAGGAGCGCCCGCGACAAGAGGUACGAGGAGCUCACCAACCUGAUCCGCUCCAUCCGCAACGCCAUGAAGAUCCGCGACGUCAGCCGCUGCCUGGAGGAGUUUGAGCUGCUGGGCCGGGCGUGGGCCAAGGCCAAGGGCGUGGUGGACAGGGAGGGCGUGCCCAGGUUCUACCUGCGCAUCCUGGCCGACCUCGAGGACUACCUCAACGAGCUCUGGGAGGACAAGGAAGGGAAGAAGAAAAUGAACAAAAACAACGCCAAAGCUUUGAGCUCUUUGAGGCAAAAACUGCGGAAAUACAACCGGGACUACGAGGGGCAGAUCGCGGCCUACAGGCAGAACCCCGAGCAGUCGGACGAGGACGAGGAGAAAAGCCGCAGGGACUCGGAAGGCUCUGGCUCCUCCUCGGGGGCCGAGGACGACGCCGGGAAUUUCCUGAAGCGCCGCGAGCGCGACGAGCCCCGGAGCCGCUACAAA